AUGGAGGACGAACUGUUUGGCCAGGUCGUGUCUGUCUUCCAAAGCGUGGUGUCGUGGAUCGCUGCGGGGGCCAUGGUGUUUGGAGGGGUGGUCCCGUAUGUCCCCCAGUACAGAGACAUCAAGCGGACUCAGAACGCAGAGGGCUUCUCCACCUACGUGUGCCUGGUGCUGCUCGUGGCCAACAUCCUCAGAAUACUCUUCAGGUUUGGCCGAUACUUUGAGACGCUGUUACUGUGGCAGAGCUUCAUUAUGAUCGCCACCAUGCUCACCAUGCUCAACCUGUGCACGAGCGUCCGAGUGACCUCUGACCUCAACACCAAGAGGCGCUCAUUCAUAGCCACAGACUGUGCGGAGGAGGAGGUCAGGCUCCCAAAGCGCCUCUUUCUGGACUUUGACUGGGGGUACUUCUGGCUCUGGACUCGGUUUGUGGACUACGUGCAGUGCGUGGCGGCCUUCACGCUGGUGGCGGCCUACGUCACGUACUUGCUGCUGGACUCCGCACUCUUCGUGGAGUCUCUGGGGUUUCUGGCAGUGUUCACAGAGGCCAUGUUGGGAACGCCUCAACUUUACUGCAACUACCAGAACAAGUCCACAGAAGGAAUGAGCAUCAAGAUGGUGCUGAUGUGGACCAGCGGAGACACAUUCAAGACCGGAUACUUCCUCCUGACGCAGGCUCCGGUGCAGUUCUGGAUCUGCGGCCUGCUGCAAGUGUUUGUGGACUUUGCCAUUUUAUCCCAGGUUUAUUACUACAGCCGCUUCCCUCAGAAGCCCGUGUCGCACGCCGCCUCCCACACCUCCAGUGCCAAAGCUCUGUGA